AUGGAGACUCCCGCGGAGCCCUCUGCUACGCGCCGCCCCAGCUUCGGCAGCCUCCUCCGGCGCACUAAGAGCGGCGACCUGGGCAAGAAGGCUCAGGCUGCUCGCGACGCCGAGCUCCAGCGCCAGCGCGAGCGCCGUCCGCCUCGCCUUCCCGACUUUGCCAACACCGGCAACGGCCAACAGCUCGCCAAGGCCCUCAGCACCCAGCUGCGUCUCGAUCCCACCCAUUUCUCCCCCAACGGCUCCCCGGCGCCCUACAACGGCCCAAACCACUUCAACUCGGGCCGCCAGGACUCGUCCUUUGGCAGCAGCAUCACCAACGCCCGCAGCUACACCAGCAGCGUCGCCCCGCCGCCCAUCCCCGGCACCCAGAAUCCCACGGCCGUCCAGCAGCCGGCAUUUGACCCCUACGCCGCCACCGAAAGCAUGACGCAUCGAGGCAGGUACAGCUACGCCAGCAGUGCCAUCAGCACCAUCAACAGCCCUAGAAGGGUGCGCCGUCGCAAGGAUCCUACUCCAUUCAAUGUUCUCGUCAUUGGCUCCAAAGACUCGGGGAAAACCUCGUUUCUCGAAUUCCUCAAAACCGCCCUCGCCCUGCCUCCCAGACGCCGGCCCAGAAAGCAGGAGCAGCCGGAGUACCAGGCUCCGCUGCCUGCCGAGGGCAACUUUGUUCCUCACUACCUCGAGACUGAAAUUGAUGGUGAGAGCAUUGGCCUGACCAUUUGGGACUCCGAGGGCCUCGAGAAGAAUGUCGUCGAUCUCCAGCUCAGAGAAAUGUCGGCCUUUAUCGAAAGCAAGUUUGAGCAGACCUUUGCCGAAGAGAUGAAGGUGGUGCGCUCGCCUGGUGUGCAGGACACCCACAUCCACGCCGUCUUUCUCAUGCUCGACCCCUCUCAUAUCGACCGCAACAUUACCAGCGCUCGCAAGGCGCAAUUGCACGCCGAAGGCCUCCAGAAUGGAUUCCGCUCCGACACGGCCAAGGUCACCGGUGCCCUCGACCACGAUAUGGAUCUCCAGGUCCUGCGCUCGCUCCAUAGGAAGACGACCGUGAUCCCCGUCGUUGGCAAGGCCGACACAAUUACGACCAAGCACAUGAACGUCCUCAAGCGCGCCGUGUGGGAUAGCAUACGUCAGAAUGGACUCGACCCGCUUGAAACCCUCGGUCUCGAGGACGAUUCCAACAGCGUCAUCGACGAAGAGGAUGAAGAUGUCGAGGCCGACUCCGACACCCUGCCCCAGGACAAUGGCGGCGACUCUGACACAUCGCCCGACUUUAGUCCCGUCAAGCGCUCGCCCGGCAAACGCGUCUCGUCGCAAACCAUGAUCCGCCACAAGGCCUCGCAGGAGAACAAGGAGGAGGAGCUGCCCUUUUUGCCGCUGUCCACCAUCAGCCCCGACCUGUACGAGCCCAGCGUCGUCGGCCGCCAGUUUCCCUGGGGCUUUGCCGACCCGUACAACGAGACGCACUGCGACUUUCAGCGGCUCAAGGAGGCCGUCUUUAGCGAGUGGCGCACCGACUUGCGCCAGGCCAGCAAGGAGCAGUGGUAUGAAGGCUGGCGAACAAACAAGCUCAAACACCGCGAAAACUCGUACCGUCGUCGCUAG